AUGCCGACCGCCCUCGAUCCCGUCAUUGCCCAGGCACUGGCCUCGGGGCCUGGCUCCAAGAUUCCAUUCCGAGGACGAACAGAUCACGUCCACACCACCUGGGCCAAAACCUUUUCAUGGAUGCCCGAGCUCUUCAUACAGCCCGAGAGUCUGGAGGAGAUUGAGCACAUGGUCAAUGUCGCGCGGAAAUGCCAUCGUCGAAUCACCACCGUCGGCUGCGGCCAUUCGCCCAGCUCCAUAACCUGCACGUCGUCGUGGUUGGUCAACCUGGACAAGUACAACAAAAUUUUGGCUUCGGACAAGGACAAGGGCAUCGUGACCAUGCAGUCGGGCAUCCGCCUGUAUCAGCUCAGUGCUGAGUUGGAAAGGCUCGGUCUGGCCAUGCCGAACCUCGGAAGCAUCAACCACCAGAGCAUUGCGGGUGCCAUAUCCACUGGAACUCAUGGUUCCAGUCUCCGUCACGGUUUGCUGUCGGAAGAUAUCCUCUCCCUUCGCAUUACUCUCGCCGAUGGCACCACCAAAAAGUGCUCGCCUACCGAGAACCCGGAGCUGUUCCGGGCGUCGCUGAUAUCUCUGGGCGCACUGGGUAUCAUUACGGAAAUCACUUUCAGGGCAGUGCCUGCCUACACUUUGCACUGGAGGCAGAUCAUUGACAAGGAUGUCAAGAUGUUCAACAGAUGGUCCGGUGACCUCUGGACGCAUGCGCACUAUGUCCGUGUCUGGUGGUAUCCCUACACGCGCCGCGCUGUAGUCUGGUCAGCUUCCGAGACGGACGAGGCCCCCCGCGAUCCUCCGGUUUCCUACUACGAUGGCGCUCUUGGUUACUAUGUCUACCACAACCUGCUCUAUCUUGGCCAGUACUUUCCCAAGAUCCUGCCUUGGGUGGAGUGGUUCGUCUUUGGUAUGCAGUAUGGCUUUGCCAAUGGCACCACCACGGAAGCAAUUCAGCCCAGCGCCAAGGCCCUGCUCAUGAACUGCCUGUACUCGCAGUUUGUCAAUGAGUGGGCCAUCCCUCUGAGCAAGGGCCCUGAAGCUCUCCGCCGACUCAGCAGCUGGCUGAACCACCUUACCCCUGAUGACCCUGACUACGUUCCUCACAAUAUCCCAUUUUCUGCCGAAGGCCUCUACGUUCACGCCCCGGUGGAAGUCAGAGUCAGCGAUACCUCCAACCCCGAGCUCGACUCUGUCCGGUCCAACACGAGCCCGUACCUUGAUGUCACAAACCACGAUGAGCCAACGUUGUACCUGAAUGCUACCCUCUACCGGCCAUACCAUGCUGACCCUCCCUGCCGAGCGCGAUACUAUGAGGCCUUUGAGUGGCUCAUGCGUGAUCUCGGCGGCAAGCCUCACUGGGCCAAGAACUUUGAGGCUGACGGACGGCAGAUUGAGAAAAUGUAUGGCCAAUCGCUCGAAAAGUGGCGCGACAUUCGUGAUGAUGUCGACCCAGAUGGCAUGUUUGUUGGACCGUGGCACCGCAAGUUUGUUCUCGGCCACAGCCCCAGACUACCGUUUGAGGAGGUUGAGAUUUCGGAAAAGCCCAAGUGGAGUGGAGGCAUCGAGUAUAAGGGAAUCACUGCGUCUCAGAUCAAGGGUCCUAAUGACCCGUGA